AUGGCAACACUGGGAGAGGAUUUACUCUCUACUGUCAACAAGUUGCAAGACUUGGUGUUCAAUACCAUUGGAAGCGACUCUCUGGAUUUGCCCCAGAUUGUUGUUGUCGGAUCCCAGUCUUCCGGAAAGUCUUCGGUUCUUGAAAAUAUUGUUGGAAGAGAUUUCCUCCCUCGUGGCAGUGGCAUCGUUACCAGACGCCCUCUGAUCCUUCAAUUGAUCAACGUCCCGAGCGAUCACGAUGAUACAGCCGAUAAUGAAGAGGUCAAUAUUCCCCAUACUGCCGCUUCUGUUGCCGGCCGUGGAGAGUGGGCAGAAUUUCAUCACCAACCUGGUCGCAAAUAUGAAGAUUUUGCCCAAGUAAAGCAAGAGAUCGAGAAUGAAACCGCCAGGAUAGCAGGGAAUAAUAAAGGAAUCAAUCGACAACCCAUUAACCUGAAGAUAUUUUCUUCCCAUGUCCUGAAUCUUACCCUGGUUGACCUUCCGGGCUUAACCAAAGUUCCCAUUGGAGAUCAGCCCUCGGAUAUUGAAAAGCAAACGCGGAACUUGAUAUCUGAAUAUAUUGCAAAGCCAAACAGUAUCGUCCUGGCUGUUUCCCCAGCAAAUGUAGACCUUGUCAACUCAGAGGCCCUGAAGCUUGCGCGCCACGUUGAUCCCGUCGGAAAAAGGACCAUAGGUGUUUUAACAAAGCUUGACUUGAUGGAUCACGGUACCAACGCCAUGGAUAUUCUUACUGGCCGCGUUUAUCCCUUAAAACUUGGCUUCAUUGGAGUUGUCAAUCGGUCUCAACAAGAUAUUCAGGCCGGAAAGCCCCUCGCUGACGCCUUAAAGGCCGAGGCUGAUUUUUUCAGGCACCACCCGGCAUAUCGAAACAUGGCUAUACGGUGCGGAACCCAGUACCUCGCAAAAACACUUAAUACAACAUUGAUGGGCCACAUCCGUGAACGUCUACCGGACAUUAAAGCCCGUCUGAAUACCCUUAUGGGACAAACACAACAGGAACUUGCCAGUUAUGGCAAUAAACAGUUUAGCGGAAAAGAGCAUCGCGGUUCUCUGAUUCUACAACUUAUGACUCGGUUUGCAUCUUCAUUCAUUUCAUCGAUUGACGGUACUUCAUCGGAGAUAUCAACCAAAGAACUUUGUGGCGGUGCAAGAAUCUACUAUAUCUUCAAUUCCGUGUUUGGAAAUUCCCUCGAGACUAUAGACCCUACUACCAACCUUUCAGUUCUCGACAUUAGGACGGCAAUUCGAAAUUCCACCGGCCCAAGGCCCAGCCUUUUCGUUCCUGAGCUUGCGUUCGAUUUGCUCGUCAAGCCCCAAAUCAAGCUACUUGAGAUCCCAAGUCAGAGGUGUGUUGAGCUUGUUUAUGAAGAGCUCAUCAAGAUUUGCCACACCUGCGGCUCCACUGAACUAUCUAGAUUUCCACGGCUCCAGGCUAAGUUGAUUGAAGUUGUCUCGGAUUUACUGCGAGAACGCCUUGGGCCAUGUUCAAAUUAUGUUGAGUCCUUGAUCUCCAUACAACGCGCCUAUAUCAAUACCAAUCACCCAAAUUUUCUCGGAGCUGCUGCUGCCAUGUCAUCUGUUAUCCAGAGCAAGCAGGAGCAGGAGAAAAAAGCCGCACUUGCUGAAGAUAAACGUAAGCGUGAAAGGCGACGACUCAAGGAGCUCGGGGGUGUGAAUGGAACCGCCACCCCUGACGACAAUGAGGAUCAUCACGAUGAUGAAAAACUUCAGGCAAUUCCAUUUCGAGGGCAGAAGGUCGGCAGAAGCCAAUCUCCUCACGUCGGAAAUCUAGAAAAUAGCAAAAUAUCUUCUUCUCUCAACGGCUUCCAAGCAGCUGCCCAGUCCACAGGCCGAGACUCUUUCUUGAACUAUUUCUUCGGAAAAGAAGGUGCUCUCCCUGCACCUGGCCCCGCAGCUGGCUUCUCUCGCCAUGUCAACCACUCUACAGAGCCAAGUUUUAGCCAGAGUUUCCGCCGUAAUGAAAUGCGAUCUCCAUCAAUGUCCCAAAACUUUGCGGACGAUGUUGCAGCUCAAUCAGAGUUCGGAGAUAAUCCUUUACUGAAGGACGAUGUCGAACCUGCACUCAGCGACCGUGAAGCUCUUGAAACAGAGCUCAUCCGCCGAUUAAUCUCAUCGUACUUCAACAUUGUCCGUGAAACAAUUGCUGAUCAAGUUCCUAAAGCUAUUAUGCACUUGCUUGUCAAUCAUAGUAAAGAUGUCGUUCAGAAUAGGUUGGUCAGCGAAUUAUACAAGGAAGAUCUUUUCCCAGAACUCUUGUAUGAAGAUGACGGCAUCAAAGCAGAACGAGAAAAAUGCGAGAAGCUGCUCGAGACAUAUAAAAAGGCAGCCAGAAUUGUGGGGGAGGUGCUCUAG